UUGUUCGUUUGGUGGUCGCCGGUUCUGCGACUGAUCGCUGCAACCAGACGCCAGCGUUCGGCAUUCAAAAAUUUCGAUCGCUGAAAAUUUCAGCGUUGCAAUCGAAAACCAGCGAUCAAAAAAAUAAAAUAGUGUAAAAAGACAAAAACACCCUUGAUUUAUUUUCAAAAUCACAAAACAAUACCCUUAACCCUAAAUCUCUUUACGUCUUUCUUCGUUACGCCUGUUCAUCAUCUCUCCUCCUCUACCAUCAAAGCUCAAAGGCCAGUUAACUCUCUCUCUCUCUCUCUCUCUCUCUCUCUCUCGCUCUCUCUCUCUGAUUCUGAUUGGAAGUAAAUCCUUUUCUUUUCAACUUUCAGGCAGUUCUCUCUCUGAUCCUGAUUCGAACUCAGGUACAAUCGAUCUCGACCUUUCACUUGAGAGAUUUAGGAGGGUUUAUAGCUAGUACUGAAAUCAGUGAGAUGGGCAUGUUUCAAAACGUUGCCUUAUUGCUGUACCUGUAAGAAAAUUGCAUUGUUCUGGGUUUUGGGAUUAUAAUAUGUUUUGAUAAUCUAAGAUAGUUGAUUUGCAGAGAUGAGUUUCGAUUUCAAUGAUUAGAAGUCUUUGAUCAUGUCUUAAUUCAUUACUUCAUUCACAUAUCAGAUUAAUAUUGCUUUGGUUGAAACAAAUAGAUUAAUGGCAUUACUGUCUGAUUCUAAAGAACGUGGUUGGCAUGUGGGUUUGUUCUUUCACGUAGCUUAAGAGUUAUGUUUCAGUUUUGUUUUCUUAAUGACACAGUGUUAAUACAUGUCUAUGAUUGGCUUAGAAUGUGUUUGUAUAUUGUUAGCUCUUCACCUUUGAUUCACUUACGUUUGUAUUAUCUUUUCAGGUUUCGACAUAAAUCACAACAAGAUAACAACUAGACAAGAAGAAUGGCUAAUAAUUAUUGUAAGUGUCUUAUGCAGUUCUAGUUUCUUAGAUGUUUUGUGAUUGUUUUUUUCUGCUAGUUUAGCUUGUUUGUGUAUUGAUGAGACUUGUUAUUUAGAACUGGACCGAUGUAGAAGUUCAGUAUUUUUUUACUCUUUAUGCCGAUGAGAAAAGAAAAGGGAACAGACCAAGGAGUGGCAUGAAUGUAGUUGGAAGGGAGUUCAUCAUAAAGAAGUUUGAAGAGAAAUUUAGUAAGAGAUGGAUAUGGGACAGGUUCAAGAACAAGGUUGAUAUCAGUAGGAAAGCAUACGUCAAGUUUAAGAAACUCACUCAUAACAGAACCGGGCUUGUCUAUGAUGCUAUGGGAAGGUUGGAGAUGUCUGAUGCUUGGUGGGAUCAACACAUUGCGGAAUGGCAAGGUGCAAGAAAGUACAAGACCAAAGUGCCUCCAAACAUGGAUGUUUUUGAAGCAGAGUUUGGUGCUGUUACUGUGACAGGAGCAGAAGGAUGGUGUGCUCAUCAAGGAGAAGCUAGUUUAGAUUCUAGAGUAGAUGCAGAAAAGGAUGAGGAAUCUGAUUCAGUUGACACUGAUAUGCCAGCACCAAGAGAAGAAACAAGUAGAGCUGGAUGUUCAAAGUCAAAGAGAAAGCGUAAAGAAAUUGAUCAUGAGCCUUAUGCUGUUCGAAAUGCAAUUCUGGCAGAAAAAAAUAAGAUAGCUGAAAAGAUGCUAGAGGUAAUGGCAGAGGAUCGUGUGGUGUUGCAACAGGAUCGCAAAUUCCGUGUAGAUAAAGUGGUCACCAUUUCACAUUGCUGCUGUUAACCAUCUCAAAGCUGAUGAAGGAAACAGACUAUCUUUUAUGUCUUUUCCUAGUGAUGAUGAUAAGAUUAGCUACCUUGAACAUAUGAUUGGAGUUAAGAUUUAUGAAUGAUUGUAGUGUCUGUUUAAGUAUGACUGUGUAGUAAGCUUGUUUUAAACUCAUGGCUUUUGUUUCAUUUCUUUUGUUAUUUAUAUUUGAAUUUAUAUUUCGUUUAUUAAUAUGGUUUUAUUUACAAGAUAUGUAUAAAUUAAAAAUAAAAACUAAGUAACUAAAAACGAAUUAAAAAAAAAAAAUAUAACUGUAAUCAUAUUUUUGUCAAAAACUAAAUAAAUAAUUUAAAUGUAAAGAUCUGGUCGCAAGCGACACUGAAACGAACGACGUAGCGACAAUUGCGAUCAACCGCACGACAUGGAAACGAACAAUCCAGCGACAACCGCUGCUAUCAACCGCGCGACAUGGAAACGAACAACUAUCAGCGACAUCAAGUCGCAGUCGCUGGUCGCUGACUCUAGUCGCUGACGCUGGCGACCACCAAACGAACAUGGCCAUACUGUUUCGGCAAAGAUCUGUUACUAUAACUUCUAAAGCUUUAUCUGCAAUACACUUCCGGCGAAUAGAGAAAUGGGUUCUAAUACAACCGGCGACCGAAGAAAGAAGUAAUCUCAAUUGGAGUCGGAUAUAGGAGAAUCGAAGCCUUUUCAGAGAGGUGGACGAUGAACGGAAGAAGCGGUUGCUAAGACCGGCGGUGAAACCUCGUUAACGGCCGAGAUUGCCUGAUUCAAGCAAAGGACACGUAAGAGACAUGUGGUCCAAAAGGCUCCGAAUGCUGACACGUGGUUGAAUGAGUCAUUCACCACCGUUUCUUUUUUUCUUUUCUUUUGGACUUAAUUUAAAAUUCUCUCUUCGGGCUUAUGUAAACCGACCCAGUUGUAUGUUACCCAAUGGGCUUUCAAUGAAAACAUGUUGACAAAAAAAAACGUUAUACGGACAGCAAUAGAAAAAGGCAUAUACAGAUUAAUCUUUAUCCGGGCUGUCUGCUUAAAGCGAAUAGAAGUUUUUUUUGGACAUAAAAAAAUUCGAUCAAUUGUGCACUUACCUAACGAUUGAAGUUAGAUUAAGGAUUUGAUUGGUAACACCGGAUUGAACGGUGUGAAAUAAGCGGAUUGGAUAUUUCGGUGUGGUUUAACUGCGAUAUAAAAGAAAAACAUACCGUGGAACAACCGCGAUUCGUCUAAAAUAAUCAUUUCAAGAAAAAAAAUAUGAAUGGUGACAUGUAUCAUGAACACUAUAACUGCAGGAUGUAUAUAAUAUAUUUAUAUUUUACACACUAAAAAUCAGUAAUACUAGUGUAAUUUAAAAUUUUUUUUUUUUUUUUAUUUUUAAAUAUUUUAUGGGGAAUUUGCAAAAUAUGACUCACAACUUGAUUUUAAAUACAAACCUAUACCUAAACUUGAAUCAAAUGCAAAACUAACCUAAAAGCCUUGUGAAAUUACAGCCAGCCCCUUGUGACCAAACAAAAAAACAGAAGCCAUUUUCACGAAUAUAGCCUCAGUAAGUUGUCUGAGUCGUCUGAGAUGGUAGACGUCUUCUAGAUGACUUCCAAGUAAGUCUUCUGGUGUAGCUGAUCUUAAAAAUAAUUUAUAAAAUUUUUAAAAAAUAUUUUGACAAGCGAAAAAUUAAAAUCAUGUAAUUAUAAA